AUGUCUCUCCCCGACGUCGACAUCAAGCCCGCGGAGGGUAUCUCCUACUUCACUCCGGCCCAGGAGCCUCCGGCGGGAACUGCAGCGAACCCCCAGGCCAGCGGCCAGGCCAUCCCUAAGCUCUUCCAGCCCCUGACCAUUCGAGGCGUGACAUUCCCGCACCGCAUUGGCUUGGCUCCUCUCUGCCAAUAUUCCGCACAGGAUGGCCACAUGACCGACUGGCACGUUGCCCACCUUGGUGGCAUUGCCCAGCGUGGUCCUGGCAUGAUGAUGAUUGAAGCCACUGCAGUCGUCCCCGAGGGCCGCAUUACCCCGCAAGACGUUGGAUUGUGGAAGGACUCUCAGAUUGAGCCCAUGCGCCGUGUGAUCGAGUUCGUUCACAGUCAGAACCAGAAGAUUGGUGUUCAGAUCGCCCAUGCAGGUCGCAAGGCUUCCACUGUUGCUCCCUGGGUCAGUUCGGCUGUUGUUGCGACGGAAAAGGUUGGCGGAUGGCCAGAGAACGUCAAGGCCCCCAGUGACAUCCCCUUUGCCGACUCGUUCCCGAAGCCCAAGGCCAUGAGCGAGGAGGAAAUCGAGGAGUUCAAGGCAGCCUGGGGUGCUGCUGUGAAGCGUGCUGUUGCUGCUGGUGCAGACUUCAUUGAAAUCCACAACGCCCACGGAUAUCUCCUUUCUUCGUUCCUUUCACCUGCUGCCAACAAGCGGACUGACAAGUAUGGUGGCUCAUUUGAGAACCGCAUUCGUUUGCCUCUCGAGAUCGCGCAGUUGACCCGUGAUGCCGUGGGUCCGCAGGUUCCCGUGUUCCUGCGCGUUUCAGCAACCGAUUGGCUGGAGGAGUCCCUCCCUGAGGAGAGCUGGAGGGUCGAGGAUAGCGUGCGAUUUGCAGAGGCUCUUGCUGCUCAGGGUGCUGUCGACUUGAUCGAUGUCAGCUCUGGCGGUGUUCACGCUGCACAGAAGGUCAAGUCUGGCCCCGGUUUCCAGGCUCCAUUUGCUGUGGCUAUCAAGAAGGCUGUUGGCGACAAGCUGGUUGUUGCUACUGUCGGAGCGAUCACCAAUGGCAGGCAGGCCAACCAGUUGCUCGAGGAAGAGGGAUUGGAUGUCACUCUCGUUGGACGCGGUUUCCAGAAGGACACGGCGACGGCGUGGACGUUCGCCCAGCAUCUGAAUGUUGAGAUCUCCAUGGCCAACCAAAUCCGAUGGGGAUUCACCAGACGGGGCGGUACUCCUUACAUCGACCCCUCCGUGUACAAGAGCUCGAUCUUCGACUAA